AUGGCGAAGGUCACCCUCUUCUCAUGGGGGCCAGGCGAUGAUCUGGUGGUGACAUCGGGUCAAAUUCCUCAGGGCGUCAGCGAGACUGCUUCCCCCGAUGAACGGAGGAGGGCUGUCUCGAGAGGAGCGGAUCUCAGUUGGAUCAGACUCAACCUGCCAUGGAGCCUGUGGAAGAAUCGCAACUUCGUGCAGGCGCCAUUGCAGAUGUUCUACUCAGAGGCGCAGAAUGUCUGGUCACAGAGCAUCUCCAGAGCUCUCUCGGUGGGGAUGAAUGACGCGAACUUGGAUGCGAGGCGGAUGCUGCUGGCCGAUGAAAUCAACGAGUACAAGGAGCUCUACUGCACCCUCCUCACCCGCAUGGUGGAGAACGUUGAGAACCUCCAAGAAGGUGACGCGGCUCUGGCGAAAGACAUGCUGUCCCGGCUCUACCGCGGGCAUCAGGCCUGGCACCUUGCACACAUUAUCAUCAAACAUCUUUCUCCGCGACCAGCCAACAUGAAUGCUGAUCUUCCCUUCGACCUGGUGCACUGGAUGCAGGAGCACAACCCGUCGGAUCUCUUCCAAGGAGGGUCGUCUCAGCCCUUCCUUACAGACGGAGCCUCAUACAGGGCAAACGAUGACUGGUGGCGAGCUCUGUUUCAUUUCGUUAUGCACGUGUACAUCGAUCAGGCCGUGGAGAUGUUGUCGCUCAUCGGUAGGGAUGGCCCGUUCGCCCAUCAGUGUGGAGAGGAUGGAGUGGAGAUGGUGGAGGUUAUGCUCUCGCUGCUUGUCGGAGGAGGGGAAGGUGGAGAGGUCUCGCUCUUCGAGCUUGAGAACAUGGUUGAUAACAACGUUGCCAUUGACUCGUACUGGCGAGUCUGGACGACAAGGAAGGAAUGGACUUACCUCGACAAACUGGUGCAGAGAGGAGCAUCUCCUAUCUGCCAGAAGAUGGCGACGAUGGUGAAGAUCAUGAAGGGGAGCGAAGAUGAGAUCUCUGCGCACGCAUACAGCUGGUUGCAGAUCGUGGUGACGAGGAUGUUGUUUGGAAGGUCUGAGACUGUUCUCGGAGUUGCAGACUUGGCAUCGUAUGCCGACGACGCGUUGACUGUCCACGGGCAGUUUGUUCGAAAACCGGAAGACGAGGAGUCAGUGAUCAAAGAUCUACUUCGUCUGGACAUGCAAGGUGCAGUACAGCACUUCUUUACAGACUUGAAGGACUGGUGGAGUUCGGCCCACCUUGCCGAUGUCUUGUAUCGAGGGAAAUACCUUCCGUUCAGUCAGUUGUUUGCCUCCAACAUGAGAACUUACGCCAUCUGCAACUACAUCGAUAUCCUGAUGUCGUCAAACAACAUGUGGCAAGUUGCCAUGGCAUACGUGAAGGGAGUGGUGGAGAGCGAUGCGAUGGUUGACGAGUCAACUUCAGUGGAAGCGAGAGAACGAUGGAGGGUGCGAAGGCAGGAGAUGCUCCACCUCGCCCACCUCAUCAUCUCUCGUCAGCACAUCGAUAGUGACAUCAAAUGCCGGCAUCUGCUGCAAUGCUGCCCGGAGUACGUGCGAGACAUUCAUGGGAGCCAUCUAUGGGAUGAUUCAGAGUUGAUCGUCAAGACGGCAAGUGAGAUUCAAUGUGCGUGGGGGUUGAGACUCUACGCGAGGGGCCACGAGGCAGCGAGUUUGUACUGGCUCGCUCGUGCUGAGUCCAAGCUUGUCGCCACCCUCGCGAGCCAGAGUUUGCAUUCCUUCGUGCAGGGUGUUGAUGACAGCCUGUACCGCAUGCAGCCAAUCCUACAGUAUGUGGAGGAGACAAGAGGAGAAGACAUUCCCAGCGAAGUUCAGCUCAUCAGGACUUACUCGAGGAUGAGAGAACUGAUGGCGACAGUCAGCGACCUGAGCCUCAAAGACAGGCAGAGCCUGCGGAGCGCGAAGAACCCGAGCGGGGCGACGCUGGUGCAGGCAGGAAGGGAGGCCGCGAAGUUGCUGCUGGAGCUGCUGGACGAAAGCCGGGGAGGGGAAACGCGACGAGCAGCUCCGAGGUCUCUUAGCCUCCCUCCCUCCUCCUCCGGGUUGACCAGGAUGCAGGCGCUGCAGGACGUCGAGUCGUCGUUCAAGGCCGACAGGAGGAAACGCAGUGAGGCCGAGAGGAUGCGAAUGGAGUCGAUCCGGCUGGCGUUGGCUCGUGGGCUCUCCGUAUCGCUCCAACAAGAAGCUUCUGCACAAUGA